AUGGUGAUCCCAUCUGCUCAGGAACCCUCCUCAACCUCCACGAUGUCCAACGGCUAUCCUGUUUCGCCUGUCGCAUACGAAUCCCACGUCCAUGGCGACGAUGAAUCCCAACACGAACGCAGCCCGUCCGAACCCAUUGAGUCCCAUCCUGUCUCCGAAUCCUCCCCCGAGCCCGAUGCCGCGGACGACUCUUAUGACGGCGCAUCUGCCGAAUCAGAUGCAGAAGAUGAAGAUGCGGCGGCAGACAACAGCGAUGAUGAUGCCAACCCCUACAGCCGUGAAAACUCUUCAUCCCCUCACCCCGGCCGCGGUGCCCAGCGGAGAUCGUCCCCCCAAAGCGAGACCGAUCUAAUAAGGCAAAAUCCCGAUUUGUAUGGACUUCGCCGCAGUGGUCGUGCUCGUACUACACGCAAUAUCGCCGACUCAUCCGAUUCUGAUUCCGAUGUCGUUGCGCCUCGUGCAAAGCGUCGGCGCAAGGAAACAUCUCAACAACCCUCCAAGGCCUCCCGAUCGGCCACCGUGUCGUCGAUGUCUGAUUCGGACAGCGAGGAAUAUGGCGGGAAGAGUGCUCGUGCUAGCAAGGCUCGGAGGCGUCGUCUCCAGCAGACCGCCAGUUAUGAACCCUCGCUGAAUGAAGUCCGCUUCUCAACGCGGACUGCUAACAAAGUGUCAAAUUAUAAUGAAGAUGACGAGGAAGACGAGGCAAUGUUUGAAGCCGACCCUGAAGAUCUUGCACCCAGCUACUGGGCAGAAAGUUACGCUGAAGAUACCCGCCCUGCCGUCGACGUCGUUCUCAACCAUCGGCUCAAGGAAGGCGUCGACCCCAAGUCUCAAGACCUCGAUCGCAGCGACUUUGAGUUCUGUAUCAAGUGGCAAGAUAAAUCACACUAUCACGCUACGUGGGAACCUAAUGAGGCCAUGUCGAACUACCGUAGCACUCGACGUGUAGACAAUUACGUCCGGAAGGUGCUCAAUGAAGACAUUCGGCUGCAGUAUGAUGAAGACGCACCACCCGAAGACAGAGAAAAGUGGAAUCUCGAUCGCGAACGAGACGUUGAAGCCAUCGAAGACUAUAAAAUGGUCGAGAGAGUCAUUGGCGUGCGCGAUGGCGACGAUGGCACCACGGAAUACCUUGUGAAAUGGAAACGUCUCUUCUAUGAUUCAUGCACCUGGGAACCCGAGGAUCUUGUUAGUGAGAUUGCCCAACGUGAGGUCGACCGAUUCUUGGACCGCACUGCCCGCCAACCUUUCUCCGACAAAAACGAAACCACUAUCGCUACAAGGAAACCCUUCGAGCCCAUCCAUGGUGGAAGCCCGAGCUUCCUCCAAAACGGAGAGCUCAAGGACUUCCAGAUCAAGGGUCUCAACUUCCUGGCUUUCAACUGGGUCAGAGGUCGCAAUGUCGUCUUGGCCGAUGAGAUGGGUCUUGGUAAAACAGUGCAGACCGUGUCGUUCAUUAAUUGGAUGCGCCAUGUUCGACGUCAGCAAGGACCAUUUAUCGUUAUUGUACCUUUAUCCACUAUGCCGGCCUGGGCUGACACUUUCGAUCACUGGACCCCUGAUCUCAACUAUGUGGUAUACAACGCGUCCUAA